GCCCGCCCGACAGAUAGACAGACAGACUGACAAACAGCCGGGGGGCGUGACCGGAAGAGGCGGGCCGGCGGGCGAAGCGGCGAGAGAGACAGUGAGGCUGCGCUCGGGGGCUUCGGGCUCCGCUCGCCGCCGCCGCCGCCGCCAUCGCCCUCAGCCUGUUGCUGACUGCACUGAGAAUUCAGAAUGGGAGACAAACCUAUUUGGGAACAGAUUGGUUCCAGCUUUGUACAGCAUUACUAUCAGUUAUUUGAUACAGACAGGACUCAGUUAGGAUCAAUAUAUAUAGAUGCCUCAUGCCUUACAUGGGAAGGACUACAAUUUCAGGGCAAAGUAGCUAUUGUUGAAAAACUCUCAAGCCUUCCUUUUCAGAAAAUACAGCACAGCAUCACAUCCCAAGAUCAUCAGCCUACUCCAGACAGCUGUAUACUCAGUAUGGUAGUCGGACAACUUAAAGCCGAUGAAGAUCCUGUUAUCGGAUUCCACCAGAUAUUUCUAUUAAAGAACAUCAACGAUGCUUGGGUUUGCACCAAUGACAUGUUCAGGCUAGCAUUGCACAACUAUGGUUGAAAUGGCAUCCCUGAGGCACCUGUCCUUUUUUUUUUCCUCCUCCUCCUUACCAAUAUUAAUCACACCCAUGGAACAUUCCAAAUAUCAUACACAAACCUGCACACCAUGGCAAACAAGCAAGACUUGUGACAUACCCUUUCGAAGAGUUUUAUGUUGUGCCACUAGAAGAGUUCCUUGUGCAUGAUGUUUGGAAGUUAGAAUUAGCUGCAUUUGACAAAGGAAGGGUAUGUUUUACCAGCAUGCCUUGGGAAGAAUCCAUAAUACAAAUGGUCGUGUUUCUGUACUGACAAGUUUCUCUAAUAACCCAAAGAAACAAAAGGAUAUUAAAGAAUAGCCAGCCUGAAACCAACUCAGAUAAUUGAUCUCUCUUUUUUUGUUGUUCAAAUGUUACAGUGCUACAUUAUACAAUAAAACCAUGUGAUUUUCUUAACAGUUUAAA